CAGAAGUUGGCAACACCAAAGCUGAGAGCUGCGACAAAGAAUUGCAUCUAAGAAUUCUCUUGUAUAAUAAAGAUGGUAUCUCAUGAUUACAUGAUCUGUAUAUCCACACGAUGGCCAAAUUUAAAAGGCAAUGUAUUCAGAUUGUUAGCACUAGUUGUAUUGAUCUGUGAAAUUCUGAUGUUAGAAGGAGUACAUGGCUGGAUAUACCAUUAUUCCAACAGAACCAUGAAAUGGAAUGCUGCGAGGAAAUACUGUCGAGAGCGGUACACUGAUAUGGUCGCGAUACAGAAUAUGGAGGAAAACCAGUACCUGAAUGAAUAUUUACCAAAAGGAAAAACCCACGUCUGGAUUGGCUUGAGGAAAAUAAACAAUAUCUGGACUUGGAUCGGAACAAAUAGGACCUUAGAAAAAUUUGCUAUGAACUGGGCUCCUAAUGAACCUAACAAUGGAAAGAAUAAUGAAGAUUGUGUGGAAAUGUAUAUAAAGAGAAUUCUGUAUGCUGGAAAAUGGAAUGAUGAACCAUGCCUUCGAAAGAAAAGGCCACUCUGUUACCAAGCUUCGUGCAAACCGGAUUCUUGCAGUGGUCAUGGAGAAUGUGUGGAAACUAUUGGUUAUUUUAAGUGUAAGUGCAAUGAAGGCUUCUAUGGCGUCAACUGUGAAAAGGUUAUUAAGUGUAUGGACCUGGAGGCACCAGAUCGAAGCUUUAUGAACUGUUUCCACCCUUACGGAAAUUUCAGCUAUGACUCAAUAUGCAACUUCAGUUGUGUAGAAGGAUAUGAAAUGAGUACAACACACAGGCUUCAAUGUACAGCUUCAGCAGUUUGGUCCGAGCUUCUUCCAGAGUGCAAAGUUAAGAAAUGCAGAUGGUUGGAGGUUCCGCGUAAAGAUACUCUAAACUGCUCCCAUCCACUUGACGAUUUCAGUUACAACUCAACCUGCACCUUCAGCUGUAGGGAAGGGUAUGUACUGAAUGGAUUAGACACACUCCAAUGUCUAUCUUCUGGUCAAUGGUCAGGGCAGAUCCCCAACUGCAAAGUCCAAGUAUGUGAAACCUUGACAGCCCCUGACUAUGGCAAUAUGAGUUGCAUCCAUCCCAUUGCAGACUUUCAUUACAACUCCACAUGCAACUUCAGCUGUAGCAAAGGAUUUGCAUUAAGUGGACAGAGCCGGAUCCAAUGUAGAAUUUCUGGAAAAUGGACACCACAAAAGCCAACAUGUGAAGCUGUGAAAUGCAGUGAACUGAAAAUACCUCAGAACCUCCUGAUGAACUGUUCUGACCCCUUUAGACCUUUCAGUUACAGCUCAAGAUGUGAUUUUGGGUGCGCAACUGGAUUAAUCUUACAGGGAUCAAAUACCCUGCAGUGUGAAGCUUCUGGGCAAUGGACAGCAGAUAUACCCACUUGCAAAGCUGUUCCCUGUAGUUUACUGACGAUUCCUAAACAUGGUACUAUGAACUGCAAAAGCCCCUUUGAAGACUUUAGUUACGGCUCUACAUGUGUGUUCGACUGCACUGAGGGGUUUGUACUGCAGGGAUCAAGCAAUCUUUGGUGUCAAGCCUCGGGGCUAUGGACAGCUCAGGUCCCCAGCUGUGAAGCUGCAAACUGCACAAGUCUGAAGGAUCCUGAGAGAGGGACCAUGAACUGCUCCCAUCCCUUUGGACUCUUCAGUUACAAUGCUACAUGUGACUUCAACUGUGAAGAGGGGUUUAUAAUAAAUGGAUCAGGCAGUGUUCAGUGUGGAGCUACUGGACAAUGGACAACAGAGACACCCUCCUGUGAAGUUUCAAAAUGCAAGUUACUGACACAGCCUGAAUAUGGGGUGAUGAACUGCUCCCAUCCCAUUGGGGAAUUUAGCUACAUCUCAACAUGUGAGUUUUGGUGUUCUGAGGGAUUCUUGUUAUCUGGAACAAACUGGCUCGAAUGUGAUGCAUCUGGACAAUGGACAGCAAAGACUCCAACAUGCAAAGCCAUGAAGUGCGAUGUGCUGAAGAGUCCAGACAGAGGAAUAUAUAACUGCUCCCAUCCAAUUGGAGACUUCAGUUACCGAUCAUCGUGUGACUUCUCCUGCACUGAAGGGUUUACAUUGAUAGGAUCAGAGAGAAUGGAGUGUGGAGCUUCUGGACAAUGGACAGCACAGAUUCCCAUGUGUAAAGUUGUAACCUGUCAGACACUGACUCAGCCUGAACAAGGGACAAUGAGCUGCUAUCAUCCCUUUGGAAAUUUCAGUUACAACUCAGUCUGUGACUUUAACUGCAUGGAAGGUUAUGUACUACAAUGGUCCGACAAGCUUCAGUGUCAAGCCAAUGGACUGUGGACAAAGGAGAUUCCAACCUGUAAAGCUAUAAACUGUCAGACACUGUCUCCUCCUGAACAAGGGAAAAUAAACUGUUCUCAUCCCAUUGAAGAAUUCAGUUACAAGUCAACAUGUGAUUUUAACUGUGAUGAAGGAUUUGUGCUGAAUGGUCUAGACAAGCUCCAGUGUCAGGCCAGUGGACAAUGGACAGCAGAUACUCCUUUAUGUCAAGCUGUAACCUGUCAGACACUGACACUGCCCGAACGAGGAACAAUGAGAUGCUCUCAUCCCAUCAGAGACUUUAGUUACAAUUCAACAUGUGAUUUUAACUGUGAUGAAGGGUUUAUACUGAACAGCUCAGGCAGACUUCAGUGUCAAGCCAGUGGACAGUGGACAGCACACACUCCCACCUGCAAAGUUGUAACCUGUCAGACACUGACUCAGCCUGAACAAGGGACAAUGAGCUGCUAUCAUCCCUUUGGAAAUUUCAGUUACAACUCAGUCUGUGACUUUAACUGCAUGGAAGGUUAUGUACUACAAUGGUCCGACAAGCUUCAGUGUCAAGCCAAUGGACUGUGGACAAAGGAGAUUCCAACCUGUAAAGCUAUAAACUGUCAGACACUGUCUCCUCCUGAACAAGGGAAAAUAAACUGUUCUCAUCCCAUUGAAGAAUUCAGUUACAAGUCAACAUGUGAUUUUAACUGUGAUGAAGGAUUUGUGCUGAAUGGUCUAGACAAGCUCCAGUGUCAGGCCAGUGGACAAUGGACAGCAGAUACUCCUUUAUGUCAAGCUGUAACCUGUCAGACACUGACACUGCCCGAACGAGGAACAAUGAGAUGCUCUCAUCCCAUCAGAGACUUUAGUUACAAUUCAACAUGUGAUUUUAACUGUGAUGAAGGGUUUAUACUGAACAGCUCAGGCAGACUUCAGUGUCAAGCCAGUGGACAGUGGACAGCACACACUCCCACCUGCAAAGCUGUAAGAUGCAACAUACUGAAGAGUCUAAAGCAUGGUAGCAUGAACUGCUCCCGUCCGAAUGGAGCGUUUAGUUACAACUCAGUGUGUGACCUUGGCUGUGCAAAGGGGUUCUAUUUGAAGGGAAGGAACCAACUGGAAUGUACAGCCUUAGGGCAGUGGACAAACGAGAUGCCAAGUUGUGAAGUGGUGAAGUGUCAGGAACUGAAUAUUGAUCAUCCGACAAUCAUGAACUGUUCAUAUCAUCUUGGGAAUUUCAGCUAUGGCUCAAUAUGUGACUUUGACUGUGCUGAAGGCUUUAAAUUGGAAGGAUCUGUGAGACUCCUGUGCAAUGAAUCUGGACAAUGGACAGACGAGGCUCCCCAUUGUAACGUGCUUUUAGGGCAAUCUCCUUCAGCGAAUGCUCUGACUUAUGUCAGCGCAGUUGCAGCAGUUGCUGUACUUGCUGGUAUCCUUGCUAUGAUUGUGACAUUGAUUAGAAGAAAACUGAAAACAAAAGCAUAUGAUACAACAAAGCUCAAUUCUGAGAGUACUGAAGGCUUAGAAGGUAUGUUUGAGAAUCCAAUGUUCGACAAUUCUCCUGAAGGAUCCAUUGAAUAGGACAGUGCCAUUGGUACAAAUGCACAAAGGAAAAAAGACGUCUGACAAAUGAUUUGUGGUGUUCCACAUCAAGCAAGCUUCCUUCAUUGUCUCCAAGGAUACUGCACUUUUCUCCAGCAUUAAAGCCUCAAUGAACCAACUUCCUCCUCUAGUUGUCUCAAGCAACUGAAUAAGCUACAUUUACAUCAAUCUGCCUAAUUUGAGAUUAAGACCAAAAAUACAACAUCUUCACAUUCUGUUGGAUCCUGCACUCUGCUUUCUCCCUUAUAUCUGACCGCUUUCUUCCACUUCUGUAACAUCACAUCAUUCCUGUUGAAAUCCUAAUCUGAUACACCAAUUAUUUACGAACCACCUUUUAUCCUUGAGCUACAAUUUAUUAGCAGAGAUGUUACUCACAGUAGUCCACAUCCUCAUUACUCCUAUCUUUGUUAAGAUCCAUUAAUGUUUUAUUGUUCCAGGGAGUCAAUUUCAUCACAUUUCUCUUCUGUGAUUAUGUCCCUCCUUAUUUCCAAUUACUUCCUCAAUGUAUGUCCCUCUAUCACUAGCCUAUUUCUCAUUGUUAACUUCCUCUACUUGAACACGUCUGCUUCUUCAGCCAUUGUGACCCUGUCCACUGCAACUCUGUCCUUCAGCAUCUCCACUGUCACCAAGAGAGUGCUGUUCAUGCUGCUCGUUGAUCAUGGAUUUGAAGGCCUUAUCCCUCCUGCAAAUUGUUCAGAUAGUGUCCUCUAUAAAGUGGACUGAGGUGCCUCUAAGCAAAAUGCAUUUAAAAAUGUAAUUUGUUACUGAUUUCUGCACAUUUGAGUAGCUAACCAAAUGACCUAGUUAUAUUGCCCAAAUUAUUACUUCACUUGGAGUGGACAAAGUUAAAAAUCACACAAAACCACGUUUAUGUCCAACAGGUUUAUUUGGAAGUACUAGCUUUCCGAGCGCUCUUCCGUCAUAAAGGAACUAGUGGGGCAGGAUCAUAAGAUACAAUUUACAUCAAAAGAUCACAGUGUUAUGCAAUCAAAAUGAUAUAUUGAACAAACCUAGAUUGCUGUUAAGCCAUUUCUCUUUUCCAAUGGGUUGCAGGUUCUAAAAGAGGAAAGACCUAACAGCAUUCUAAGUUUGUUCAAUAUAUUGUUUCAAUUGCAUGAACAUAUGAUAUUUUGCUAUAAAUUCUGUGUUUUUUGAUCCUGCUCCACUAGUUACCUGUUGAAGGAGCAGCGCUCUGAAAGCUAGAACUUCCAAAUAAAGCUGUAGGACUAUAACCUAGUGUUGUGUGAUUUUUAAGUAUUUUUUAGUAGAGUCUGAGGAGUUUAACUAACGCAAUAGAAUCAGUAAUUUCAUGCUUCCUGAACAAAACAUGCAUGAUGAUGUUUACUGUAAAUACAGCAAAUAGGAUAAUCUUGUUAUUCUGUUGAUCAAUGAAAGUUAAUUAAUGGGGCAUUUAAAGACCCAUUGUCAGUCCACAAAACCCGAACAGCCGGGCAACUAACCCUUCUCUUUUCAUGGCUUAUUCUACCAAUAACCUUCAAUGUAAGCAUACAUUCCACUGCACAAAACUUACAAUAUUAAAAAGUACUGUUCAAAAAUAUUACAAUUUACCAAAGCAAUUGAUGCAGAUAAGAGUUUGAUAAAAUGCUAGGCAAGAUUCAGAUAAUGCUUCAGCUACAUGCUAAAUUACAACCAAAACCCUUCAUUAUGUCAACACCUAGAAUUCAAUAAAUCAAUGAUGUUGGAAUGGGCAAUUAUGCCAAGUUUAGUUCUGUAAAUAAAAUGUUUAAUUAUUUGCCACACGCAGCAUUAGAGGUGUACUUGAGCCAAAAUCUAUGUUGACCACUGGUGCUGUUUUGAUUGUUCAGCAUGUGUUAUGGAAAAGUUUAGGACUGAUGGAUGAGCAUAACAUAAAGCAAUAAUUUUGUGACAUACAUCAGUCAUUGUAUCACUGGAUGUUGAGUGGAGAGAGAUCAGCUGGCCUGGGCAGCAAGAGAUUAAUUUAUCACUGGUGUCACGUCAGAGACAGUAUAAUGGACACCCUGCAUUGAUAACAAACCAGUGAUCUAAGGAGGGCCUUGUGAUAGUUUAUGUUCAGAUGUCAUUAUAAGACAACACAAUAUUUAAUUCACAUUGUAGCUUAAUUGAUAAGCAUUUGGUCAUUUGUUUGAAGAAUAUAUUUGCCUGUAAUAAAUGUGUUAUAUUUUGAAUUUAUUGAAAA